GGUGCCGGCGGUGCGGGAGGGGCCCCGCAGCUGUGGCCAUGGCCCCCCCGGCGCACUGCUAUGAGGGCUUCGUGGAGGUGCGGGGGCUGCGGGGUCAGGUGGAGAGCUGCAGGAGGCGCUGGGCCGGGCUGCGGGGCGCCGCGCUGUGCUUCUAUGGGGCGCCCCGAGAGCAGCAGCCCCUGGAGCUGCUGGACCUGAAUGAGCUGCUGGGGGUACAGAAAGAGGGGGGGGGCCCUCAUCCUCCAGCUGCGGGAUCAGAAGGUGACACUGAAGGCGGACAGCGCGCAGGAGCAGGAGAUGUGGCGUGGCUUCAUCCUGACCAUGGCCAAGCUGGAGCUGCCCACAGACCUGGAGCUGCUGCCGGGGCACAUCUUCCAGAUGGAGGAGGCGCUGCGCAGGGAGAGGGAGAACCGCUGCGGGGCGCAGAGAGGGGGGGCAGCAGCAGCACCCCCCUGCUUCUUCGCCGUGUCGCGCGCGGAGGCCGAGCAGCUGCUGGAGCGCAACGCGGGGGGGGGGAACGUCGUGCUGCGACCCGGCGGGCACAGCCACGGCCGCGGCUUCUCCGUCAGCACCCGGCAGCUGCGGAACGGCGCCGCCGUGCUGAAGCACUACAGGGUGGUCGGCGCGGGCGAUGGGUUCCUCGUUGACGUCGACGCCCCGCAUUACUGCUCCUCGCUGGAUGAGGUGGUGCAGUACUUCGUGGAGCAGAGCAAAGGCAGUCUGCAGCCGCUGCACCGCCACCACUGCGCGAGGCUGGAGGUGGUGGAAGCAGACGGUGAAGGCUCGGAGGUGAUGCGGGGGCCGUGCAAACCCCCCCCCGGCCCCCCCCGGCCCCCCCUCCCAGCGCAGCCCCGCCGCUUCAGAGCCCCCCCCCCACUGCCAAAACCAACGCCGACCCCACGGAGCGCAGCGCUGCAGACCCCCAUCAGAGAGGGUGCCGGCAGCCCCCCCCGCACAGCGCCCCGUCCGACCCCACGGCGCGGCCCACCGCUGCCCCACGGCCACAGUGCUGCAGCACACAUCACAGAGGAGCUGGCACAGAAGCUGAUGGUGCGACGCGCUCAGAUGGAGGACUGAUGGGGGUCGGGGGGGGGGGGGGGGGGGGGGGG